AGGGGGCGCUGUGGGCAGCGCGGGCAGCGGCGGCGGCUCUGCUGCGUCCGGCCGGGCCGCGGGAGCAGCAUGGCCGCCAGCCUCUGGAUGGGAGACCUGGAGCCGUACAUGGACGAGAACUUUGUUUCGAGAGCCUUCGCCACCAUGGGAGAGCUUGUGCUGAGCGUGAAAAUCAUCCGCAAUCGAUUGACGGGAAUUCCUGCGGGCUAUUGCUUUGUGGAAUUUGCAGAUCUGGCUACUGCAGAGAAAUGUUUACACAAAAUCAAUGGAAAACCACUUCCUGGUGCCACACCAGCAAAACGAUUUAAACUGAAUUAUGCAACAUACGGAAAACAACCUGAUAACAGUCCGGAAUACUCGCUUUUUGUGGGAGAUUUGACCCCUGAUGUGGAUGAUGGCAUGCUAUAUGAGUUUUUUGUUAAAGUUUACCCAUCAUGUAGAGGUGGUAAAGUUGUCUUGGACCAAUCAGGAGUUUCCAAAGGCUAUGGGUUUGUGAAAUUCACAGAUGAACUGGAACAGAAGAGAGCCCUGACAGAAUGCCAAGGAGCUGUGGGGUUGGGCUCCAAACCUAUACGUUUGAGCGUGGCCAUACCAAAAGCGAACCGUGUGAAGACAGCCGAGUACAAUCAGAUGUACAACUAUAAUUAUAACCAAUAUUACCAACAAUAUCAGAACUACUAUGCGCAGUGGGGAUAUGACCAGAACACAGGCAGUUACAGCUACAGCUACCCCCAGUAUGGGUACACGCAGAGCACUAUGCAGACAUAUGAAGAAGUUGGUGAGGAUGCAUUGGAAGAUCCAGCUCCUCAGUUAGAUGUGAGUGAAGCAAACAAGCAGUUUGUAGAACAGAGUGAAGAGCUUUAUGAUGCCUUGACUGACUCUCACUGGCAGCCUUUGGACACCGUCUCUUCAGAGAUUCCAGCCAUCUUAUAGCCUCAUUGGUGAGGCCCAUGUUUCUGUGUGACAAGCCAGCCAGCACGCACCGGACUGAUGCUACACCUGGAACCUGCAGUAGUGAAGCGGUGACUCGUUUUCUACACAGGUGUCUGACUCAAAGUACAGGAGGACUCUGGCAUUUCCUGUACGCAAUGUGUAUCAUAGGAGCAUCGUGGUAACUUUUAUUCGUGGUGAAAAUUAGAACUGCAACUGUUUUAUUCCUUUUAUCUUGAACUGAACUCAACACUUCUUGGGAAUUGUAAUUUAUAAACAAGACAGUACAGAGGAACAAGACUUCUCCAAAAUACAAUAAAAAGUUGGUCUUUUAAGUAAAAUUGCCCUUUGCAUUUUGGCUCCUGCCCACCUCUCUGGUUCUUUGUCCACGUAACUGUCUUCCACUCAUGCUGCUUUCCAUAAAUUCAUCCUUUAAAAAAUUGUCUGUCACUACUCAGAUCUCCCAACACGUCUCCAGUGACUGGGUAAGGUGCCUGUGUGUUGUUGAGGGGGGAGGAACAUGCAGACAAAAGCUUAUGUUCUGCUUUUUCUAAGUGCCAAAUUAGAGCUAUCAAAAUGUGUAUUUUGGUGUUCUCGAGCAGUCUGAACAAGAAGGAUUUUUUUUUUGAUGGGGGCAGCCAGAGGUUUGGAGACGGCAAGAAGUAUUAUAAAACUACUAUUGAUGAAGGCCCCUAUCUAGUUAGCCUUGAGUCAUUUGUUUUCCCUUAUUCCUGAUUUGCAUAGGGAGAAAUUACUCCUGUUAGACAAAAAAAUAACUUAAACAUGGCUGCUGUUAGCAGUGUUUUAUACAAGACUUUGUCUAUGUCAGGUUCAUCCCUGUGGACGGGCUCUUGAUGUCCUGUUAAAGCGCUAGAUUGUUCAGCUCCUGCUGUAAUGUAGAGUGAACAAAGUAAAAGAAAAUUAAACUAGUGUGUGAGAAACAGA